UAAUCCUUGACAUCCCGUUGUAACUGGGCACAAUGCGAGGAAAGAGAAGUGAAGAGAGCAACAACAACGAACAACAAACACUGCUCAGUUUGUUGUCGGUAUAGAAAAGUUAGAAGAGUGUUGGAGUCUCGUGAGAUCACAGCAAGUUUGCGGCGACUGAAAAGGAAAGUUAGCAAACACCUGCGGUUCAUUUGGUCCGUGCACAUCAAAUAGUAAACAUCGAUUUUAUAAGAUAGAUUCAUUAAUAAUUUUAAUUAAAAUUGGAUUCGUUGAUUUCGAAUCAUCAUGCUGUUAAUAUUAUGCGGUGCAUUUUUACUCGUCACCAUCGCCAGUGCAGAAACCAUAACAUCAGUUCCACCGUACGUUAAGCAAUGCCACGAAGGGGAUGCCCAAAUAAUCAACUGCUUCAUAGGAGCUCUGCACCAUCUGCAGCCAUACCUAGCCGAAGGAAUCUCGGAAAUCGAACUUCCUCCGGUCGAGCCUUUUAGAAUGGACGAGUUGUCGCUCUCCUUGACUUCAGGACCGAACGGAUACAAAGUCACCUUAUCCGAUAUAGACGUUUUCGGAGCUAGCAAUUAUACCGUCACGAAAAUGAAGUUGAGUGAAAAUGGCAAGCCGUUCGAGGCGAAGAUCAAAAUGCCAGAGCUUCGAUUGACUUCCAAGUAUAAAAGCAGCGGUGUUCUCUUAAUCAUUCCGGCAAGUGGAAAUGGAACUUUUAAUGGGAAAUUUCAGGAUGUUACAGCUGUAGUGAAAGGAACUGUAGGCUUCAAAACCAAGGAUAAUCAAAGAUACAUGCACGUGGAUACUCUAAUGGUGGAUAUUGACAUUAAGCACGUCAGAAUGGCUGUAAAAGAUGUGUACAGAAAUAACAGGAUCAUAGGUGAAGCGAUGAAUCUUUUCUUGAGAGAGAACGGACAGGAAGUUGUUAAAGCCAUGUUACCGCAACUGCGAAGAAAACUAUCAAAUUUAUUCCAAAGCAUUUCCAAUCAGCUGUUAACACAUUUACCGGUGGAUAUAUUCUAUGUGCCGAAAGUGGCGUAAAGAUGAUCUAAACACGAAACGUACGAAUGUACGGUUUCUUGCGGUUGCGCUCUUCCAUAAAGAUACAACCAAGGAGACUUGUAUUGUUUGUUCAACGUUUGUCAUCGCAAAUUAUAUUUUAUUAUUAUUAAUAUUUAAUUAAAUAGGCGUAAGUAGUGAUAUUA